AUGACGAUCAUAUUUUUUCACCGAGAACAAUUCGCUCGAGGAUAUUUUAGAUACCCGAGCAAAAUGAGGCUGGCCCAGGGACGAUUAGGGAAGUUCGGCCUCGUGAAUUGGCGCCUAUGGCAGAGUGCAGAGGCACGAAGACUUGCUUCGUCUGCGGUAUGCACGCCUUCUCAGAGGUAUGAUCAGCUUGUUCAAGAUGGUAAACUUCGGAACGAUCCGUAUCAGCGAAAAAUCAUCAAGAGCUUAGACAAGUUGCACAACCAUCUGGAAAAAUAUUCCCCUCAGAAAGUAUCGCCUGCGAGUGCCCUGGAUCAGCUCGGAUGGCGUGACAGAUUUUCUUUUGGUCGGUUUUUCAAAAAAUCGUCGAAGCCCGUCUACAACGAAAUUCCACAGGGCAUUUAUCUAUACGGAGACGUCGGAUGUGGGAAGACUAUGCUAAUGGAUUUAUUUUACUUGACUAUUCCUGCGUCGCUUACGAAGAAAAGACUUCAUUUCCACCAAUUCAUGCAAUUUGUCCAUAAAAGGUCGCACGACAUCAUCAGAGAACAAAACCUGGACGUUUUAGGACUCGAGAAACACACCGACGUAGACCCAAUCCCUUUUUUAGCCACUGAGAUUGCCAAUAGCUCUCGAAUAUUGUGUUUCGACGAAUUCCAAGUCACAGACGUUGCCGACGCAAUGAUGCUAAGACGGCUUUUGACUGCGUUACUUGCCAAACCCUAUGGCGUCGUUCUCGUUACUACAAGUAACAGAAGUCCCGAUGACCUUUACAUCAACGGUAUUCAACGCGAAUUGUUCUUGCCUUGCAUUCAGAUGCUUAAAGAGCGUACCGAUGUCAUCGACUUGGACUCUGCGACCGACUAUCGUAAAAUACCACGCCCUGUCUCGUCUGUGUAUUAUUACCCCGCAGAAGGCAUGAAAUAUAACAGUCCCGAAUGCCAGGAUGCCCGGGCCCAGCACGUUGCGUUGUGGUACGACUACUUCGCACAGCCCGAGUCUGAGGAUAAGAAACAUUUGGAGAGCAAGACGCACAAAAAACUCACAGACUACAAACUGCGCGUGUGGGGUCGUGAUCUCAAUGUGCCCGCCUGCACACCGCCGCGGGUUGCACAAUUCACUUUCAAGCAGCUUUGCGGCGAGCCAUUGGCUGCCGGUGACUAUCUAGCCUUGGCAAGCACAUUCCGAGCAUUCGUGAUCACAGACAUUCCCUUUCUAUCGAUAUAUGUUCGCGAUCAGAUUCGAAGGUUUAUAACUUUUCUUGACGCCGUCUACGAUAGCGGAGGGAAGCUUGCCACUACUGGAGCGGCUGAUUUCACCUCUUUGUUCACCGAGCCAGAGGAUAUUUUGAACGACUACGAAUUGAAGCCCAAGCAUGAUUCUGCUGGUGCGGGCUCCGCCAGCGAUGACAGUGACGCUAGCGACGACCUGGUUACCAAGCAUGGAUUUUCGAAAGAAAUUGCUCAAAAAUCGCAUAUCUUUGCCUUAGACGAGGAAAGGUUCGCGUUUGCGCGUGCUUUGAGCAGACUUUCUCACAUGAGUAGCCAAGACUGGGUUGAAAAGCCGGGUGGAAAAUAA